AUGAUAAAAACAGUGUUGUUAGUAUUUGUAAUUAUUGGAUUUUGUUAUUGUCUGGAAACCAAUGAUUUACUAAUAGAAGAAACAAGAGCUAAGAAGAAGAAAGGCUCCGCUAAACUCUUAGGUAUGAUCCUCCUGUUCAUCUUCUCAAAGGUAGCGAUAUUCAAAGCUGCGUCCGUCUUCUUCAUGAUGGCGUUCUUCCAGAAGCUCUUUUAUCUGUUCGGUCUUUUCGUCAACUAUUUCCUAAAGAAUAAGUCGAAUAAGCCCUCUCCAGCCCCCGUGUAUGGCGCACCAUCAGAUUACAAUACUGUUGGGUACAGUUACGGUCCUCCGGAACAUGAGGCUCAUCACCAGGAAUCUGGUUAUCCUGGAAUAUCGGAAAUCGGAGGAGCGUUUGACUGGCUCGUGCAUAAGAACGUUAAGUGA